AUGGCUGCUGCUUCUACUCCGACGCCGCCAGCAUCUCUCCUCCCUCCCCGGGCCGGGACUCCCCCGGAGCGGCAGCGGCAGCUGCAGCUGCAAGGGGGCAGGCGCCAACGGGGCGGGCCUCCUCCGCCCUGUCUCCCCUGCCGCCUGGCUGCCAGGGGCGAGGCGCUUGGGUGUGUGAUCAGCAGGGUAGCUGCUCUGCCCUUGGUCAGUUCUGCCUAUGAGAUGGUUUCAACCACUUACUCUUCUGCCAAGGAGUCUCACCCGGCUAUCCAGGCAGUCUGUGAUAUGGCAGAAACGGGAGUGAAGACAAUGGCAACAUCGGCCAUGAGCAGUGCACAGCCUCUUCUCGACAAACUUGAACCUCAGAUUGCUGCAGCAAACUCCUAUGCCUGUAAAGGUCUUAACAAACUACAGGAGACCCUGCCCGUCAUACAACAGACGAUGGAAAAGGUGGUGGUGGAUACCAAAGAUCUUGUUGCUGGUGCCAAGGACUCUGUUUAUUCAAGAGUCACUGAAGUGAAGGAUGUGAUGUCAAGUAUGGUAGACGUAGCUAGAGAGACUGCCCAGGAAAGCGUGGAGAUGGCCAAAUCAGCUGUGACCAGUCGUGUGAACACUGUGAUGGAGACCAGUAUGGCCAUUGUUGCUGGCGGGGUUGAAAAAGUAAUUGAAAAAUCUGAGGAACUGGUAGACCACUACCUCCCAAUCACUGACGAAGAGCUAGCUUCCCUUGCAGCUUCCCUGCAGUUGGAAGGUUCUGGAAUAGCUCCUGUAGAAAAGCAGAAAGAGCAGCAGAGCUACUAUGUCCAGCUGGGUUCCCUCUCAACCAAGCUCCGCAAUAGAGCCUACCAGCAUUCCCUGGGAAAGCUGCAGAAAGCCAAGCAAAGUUCCCAGGAGACGCUGUCGCAGCUGCAACAAGCCAUCAGCUUGAUUAAGUAUGCCAAGCAGGCUGUGGAUCAAAAAAUUCAAGAUGGUCACGAGAAGCUGCAGGAGAUGUGGCUGGUCUGGAGGAAGAGCCAGCCGGAAGAGCGGAGUGAGGCUGGUGGAGAGUGUCAGAUGGAGAUUGAAUCCCAGGCCCUGGGCCUGUCCCGCAGCCUGGCCCAGAAGCUUCAAGUCACCUGCCAGAACCUCCUGGCCAAUGUCCAGGGCCUCCCUGUUGCUCUCCAGGAAAAGGUACAGCAAACGUACAGCAACAUGGCAGAGCUGCAGGCGGCCUUCUCCAGUGCGCGAUCCUUCCAAGAUGUUUCCAGUAGCCUCUUGGCCCAGAGCGAGGAAAAAAUGGCCAAGGCCCGGGAGGCUCUAGAUGAGCUUCUAGAAUACGUGGCUGGGAACACCCCCCUCAACUGGGUUGUGGGUCCUUUCUCUCCUGCUGGAACUUCAAGAGUGACAUUGACGGAACUGAAAGAGGCGGUGAAGAUGGAUGCCUGA